CACCGCGGAGUAUCGUCGGGCGUCCCGCCGCGCGAUUGCGGAACUCCCGGCGCGGGCGGCUGGAUCGCGGGCUCGACCGGGCGGAAGACGACGGGGGAGAUCCGCGCGCGGCGGUCGCCUGGUCCAGUGAGAAAUGGCCGCCGUUUUGAGGAGAGAGUUCCGUGCCGCGACGAUCGCGCUCGCCGGCAACGGGAGUCUGCCGCUGCACGUGGCCGCACGGUCCCUGACAAGAUCGUCGGCCCGCUGCGACAUCAGCGAGGGAUGGCUGAGCAAGCUCCUGGUGCGGAAGAUCGAGCCGACGAAGGAGUCGCACUCGCGGAUGCUCUCCGACAAGGAACUCAUUUACGCGCUCCACACCCAAAAUAUACGGCCAGACUCGAUUGACAAAUACUUGGCCAACUACGAGGAGAACGUCAAUCUUAUACACUCGAAAAAGUCUGAGCUGAAUUGCGAAUUGGUGGCUUCGUGGACAGUGGAGGUCGGGGACUUGGAUCAGGCCAUACAUUUGUGGCAGUACACAGGUGGAUACGAGCGCGUGGAUCACGCGCAGGCUGUGCUCUCCAAAGAUGAAGCUUACCAGCGAUUGCUCAAGGAACGUGGGAAUUACCUGAGGUCACGCCACUUGCAGUAUCUGUUGGCGUUCAGUUACUGGCCGCCGCUGGAGAAACGGAAAGGCCCUAACAAAUAUGAGAUACGCAGUUACAGUUUGAAACCGGGCACGAUGAUAGAAUGGGGGAACAAUUGGGCGAAAGCCAUUAAUUACCGCCGCAACAACGACGAGCCGUUCGCUGGUUAUUUCUCGCAAAUUGGUAGAUUGUACAACGUUCAUCACAUUUGGUGUUACACGGAUCUUCAGUCGCGUAAGGAGACGCGCGAGAGUGCCUGGAGAUCACCCGGUUGGGACGAGUGUGUCGCUUAUACCGUACCCUUGAUAAGAGAGAUGCAUUGUCGUAUAUUACGCCCAACCUCGUUUUCACCCACGCAAUGAGAGUGCACGGGUGCGAACACAAAUGCAUUUUGUAUAUUAUGCCGGGUAUUUCUUAUAAAUAUAUACAGACUGUAAUAUUGUGUAAAAAAAAACGUUUGUUACAUGUAUACACUGUGUAAGUUAAGUACAUGAGCUAUUUACGCGCAUGAGAAAGGCUACAAAUUUUUGUUGUACUACAACUGGCAGGAUAUAUUAGUUUGCUACUGUUUGGACGUUGUAUGUAUGUGCAAUUAGCAAAAGCACCGUGCUUUUGUCCAAGUGUCAGUUGAAUCACGACAUGUAUCUAUAGAGAGAGAAAGAUAUAAAGGAAUGACCCUUGUAUUAUA